UUUCCGUCGCGAACCGCAGCUAUAAGGCCGCCAAGGCAGCUCCAAAAAGACGACUUUUUGGUCGCUGCGCACGACCGCGAAAGCCGUGCACCAAUGUGGCGCCUCGCAGCACUCUGCUGCACCACAGCCCUGCAGCUCCCGAGCAGGCCGCUGCGCACACGCGUAAGACUGCACGCCGGCGACGAAGAUGCCGAGUUAUGUGUCGCACUCACAGUCCACAAGCCGCACAAAGUCGAUGGUCCAAAAGUGCCGAGCCCGCUCAGCUCCGACACGGCGUUCGUCGGCGACGGCGCGGCAGUCCUGGCAUCCGCAGCGACGGAAAAGGGCGAUUUGAUUGAUCGGGCCUACGCGGCGGCGGGCCCGCGAAGCGAGAUAAUACCCGCUCAGACCUGUGGUAUUGUGACGUGUGGGGGCCUUUGCCCUGGACUUAAUACCGUUGUGCAAGAAUUGUAUCGCUGCCUUUCAAUGCAGUACUUUGUCGAGAGGGUCUGGGGCUUCGAGGGCGGGUACGAAGGGCUGGCCCAGGGCAAACGCGUAGACUUGGCCCGCGUCCUGCGAAAAAAGAACGUCUACGCAGAAGGAGGUACGCUACUAGGCACCUCGAGGCCGAAGAUACCUGCUGCACAACUAGCGGACGCCGUCGAGCGCGAGGCGCUGGACUGCUUGUUUGUCGUGGGUGGUGACGGAACGAUGCGCGGCGCCGCGGCGCUGUCCGAAGAACUCCAGAAACGAGACUCGAAGUGUCGGGUCGCCGUCGUGCCGAAGACUAUUGAUAACGACAUCCCGCUCAUCGACCGGAGCUUUGGGUUCGACACGGCCGUGACGGAGGCGAAAAGGUUUAUUGACGUCGCGUCCGUCGAAGCUAGAAGCUUCCCGCGGGGCGCCGUGUGGAAAUCUGAGAAUCGUCGCUUCGUCCUCCGCCUGAGCACCCGACGCACUGAUUGAUUUCCGCACAGGCGAGGCGUGGGCGUCGUCCGGCUCAUGGGCCGCGACGCGGGCUUCCUGGCGGUGCACGCUUGCUUGGCGGCGCCGGGGGAUGUGGACGCGUGCCUCGUGCCCGAGAAGUCGUUCUCGGUGGACGCGUUGUUACGGUACGUGAACGAGAAGCUGGACGAGAAGGACCACUGCAUUCUCGUCGUGGCCGAGGGCGUCAACACGCGUGUCAUCGACGGAAACGGUCCCGUCACGGUCGACGGGGACGUCGGGCCGUGGUUGUGUGCGCAACUGAAGGCAAACCUCGAAUCAAUCUCCUUAAAAUACGUGGACCCGAGCUACGCCGUUCGCUCCGCCCCUUCGAACGCGGCGGACACGAUUUUUUGUUCGCGACUGGCGCAGCACGCGGCGCACGGCGCGCUUGGCGGUAGUACGGCCUUCGCGGUCGGCACGGUGAACACGCACUACGUCGAGAUCCCUCUCCAAGAUUUUGCGAACCGCGCGGCGGUCUGCGCGGUCACGGGGCGCAUUUUCGGCGAUCUCGUGCGGUCGACGGGCCAGCCGGCCUUCGACAACGACGCGGACGCGAGCUGCGAUGAUUCAUUAGAGUCGCCGACGGGCGGCUGCGUCGUCACGUGGGACGGGCCGUCCAUGACGGGGGUUAAGACAUAGUUC